UAGUGCAUCUCUAGUUGAUAUGUCCGCGGGCAGCUGAUUUUUGCGUUUCAUGCGUGUAUUUGAUUCGUGUGCGUCUCCAUACCAGCCGGAAAAUUCUUCAAAACAUUGUGUCAUUGAACAAGACUAUGCCUCAGACAGCGAUGAAAGCGACGAGGAUUUUUGCCUAGAAAAUGAACAUGACGCCGAGUCCGGCGAAGAGGAGGAGGAAGAGGACAGCGAAAGCGAGUCGGAUAACGAAGACGACGCCGAAGCAGACAAAAAGCCAGGCAAAGCAGCAAAAGGCAAAAGGAAAGACAAAGUGAAGAAAAAGUUAAUAGAUACAGCAAAUGCCGAUGCAGGCGUCACACGCAGCACACGUCAAACCGAACCUAAAGAAAAUAGACGCAAAGCUGCGGAAAAGGACGAAUUGGAAUCCGAUGAGGAAGUCGACAAAUCGCGUUCCGAUGCGCUCUGGGCUGACUUUCUGGGUGAUGUUGGUGCCAGUAGUGAACCCGCCGCAAAGCCGAAAGAGAAUCCAUCGCCCGCUAAGCGGACGCAGAGCCCGCCGAGCAAACCCAACAAGCAAGCAACGGAGAUUCUUGAUUUCGCCGGCGAACAAGUGAUUGUGUCUAAAAGCAAUACUAGUUCCAGUUCCAGCUCAAGUGCCAAGGAGAACCAAGAACAGCCGGCAGCUCCAAUCACUAAAUCGCCAGCGCCACGCGGCUUUGCUGCCGGCAAGCGACCAGCCGCCAAUGGAGGUGGAGCUGGUGGCUUAGGCUCACUGCUCAAUCAGCUGGGUAAAAAGAAGAAAAUGUCCGUGUUGGAAAAGUCGCAGCUAGAUUGGAAAUCCUUCAAGAGCGAUGAAGGCAUUGACGAGGAGCUGCAAACACACAACAAGGGCAAGGAUGGUUAUCUGGAGCGUCAGGACUUCUUACAACGCACCGAUCUGCGGCAAUUCGAGAUCGAGAAAAAUAUGCGCCAAACGCGGCGUCAAAACUAAUUGAUCAACUCAUCCUCAUCCUCGCGAAAUACUUUCCAAACACACAUUCACACUCGCACUGUCCACACACAUUCGUACACGUCUUUCAAUUCGGAUAGUGCGUAUGCUUAAUAAGAUAUAUAAUUUUAUAUACACUAUAUCCGUAUUGCUGUUCCAAGCACUAUCGCAUCAUCUAAUACAUUCAAGUCGUACAAUUUUAAAAUGUAAAACGCUAUAAACACUGAAGAGCAAAACAUAUAUAAUUAUAUACGCAGAGAUUAAGUGCUAGCUGA